UGCUCUCCCCUGUUUUGAAAAACUUGUGCCACAGCCAGCACCAUUAUCAGUACAUCUAAAUAGCUUUGGCACCAGAGUGUGAGAACUGACAUUGUAACAUAGAGACACUAAAUUUAGAAGUCUAAUCACUUCCAGGAUCCAGGGAAUCACAAAGCAUGCAGAAAACCAGCUCAGUUCACUCUUCAGUUUUUCCUCUUUAUACAACUUCCUGUUCUUCUGGCAGAACAGACAGCUUAUGGUUCCUAUCUAUCAUAAACACAUAAGAUAAGAAGGUUUAUACAAUGGUACUGGAUGGAUUGCAGUCAUACCACAACCAGAGCAACUUCACCUGCUGCUUCUUUGAGGACCCUCUACUCUCCUACUUGCUUCCUCCAAUUCUGAUCAUCAUCUUUGUUUUGGGAUCAUUAUUUAAUGGCGUUGCUUUGUGGGCCUUUUGUUUUCACAUUAAGACUUGGAAAUCUAGCACGGUCUAUCUCUUCAACCUGUCAGUGGCGGAUUUCUUGCUCAUAAUCUGCUUGCCCUUCAGAACAGACUAUUACUUGAAGAAGAAAAUCUGGCUCUAUGAAGAUGUCCCAUGCAGGGUGAUGCUCUUCAUGUUUGCGAUGAACAGGGCAGGAAGCAUCUUUUUUCUUACGCUAGUUGGCUUGGAUCGAUACUUUAAAGUUGUCUACCCACAUCAUAAAAUAAACUCCAUGUCCAUCAAAGCCGCUGUGGUUACUGCCUGUGCUGUAUGGCUUGUAGCUAUCUCAGUGACUGCCUUCAUUCUCACUAAAGACCAUACUGGUGGGAUCAUGUCCAAGGAAGCAUACUGUGACAGCUUUAUUGUGUGUCCUGCAGACUCUUGGUGGCAUGAUCUCCUUUUUAUUAUUGAGUUUUUCCUUCCUCUGUGCAUCGUCCUGUUCUGUUCUUACAGCAUUAUCUGGAAGCUCAGAAAGAGAAACUUGGACAGAGACACCAAGAUUGCAAAAGCUGUCAAAUGUAUCUCACUUGUUGGGGUGAUGUUCUUUGUAUGUUUCCUACCAAGUGUGUCCUCCAGGAUUGAAAUCUUAAGACUCAAAGCAUCCCUACAGGGAAAUAGCUGUAGCAUCUACAGAACUGUAGAGACUGCUUUCUUCAUUACUUUGUGUUUCACAUACAUGAACAGUGUGUGCAAUCCUUUGAUUUACUACUUCUCUAGUCCUUCAAUGAGAACUUUUUAUUUGCAGAUUCUAUUAAAAUUUAGAAUAUACUCUAAAUGUUCCUGUCCAAAAUCAUGUGUAUGCUUCUAAGGACAAAUAGACAGCUAUGGACCUAUCCUAACACCAGCAGCGUUUCGUUUAUAGGCGUUUUUCGUUUUUGGAUAUUUAAAAGAAAAAAAAUGUUUCUAAACG